CUUGAUGAAGAGCGCUUCAGGGGAGUUUGCAGAUGAUCCCUGCUCCUCUGUGAAACGAGGGAACAUGGUCCGCGCGGCGCGCGCCCUCCUCUCCGCCGUUACUCGACUGCUGAUUUUGGCUGACAUGGCAGACGUCUACAAGCUGCUUGUUCAGCUUAAAGUAGUGGAAGAAGGUAUCUUGAAACUAAGAAACGCUGGCACAGAGCAGGAUUUAGGUAUCCAGUACAAAGCCCUCAAACCAGAAGUGGACAAGCUUAACAUAAUGGCAGCCAAAAGACAACAGGAGUUGAAAGAUGUGGGCCACCGUGAUCAAAUGGCGGCAGCCAGAGGAAUUCUGCAGAAGAACGUUCCCAUUCUCUAUACGGCGUCCCAGGCCUGCCUGCAGCACCCUGAUGUAGCUGCUUACAAAGCUAACAGGGACCUGAUCUACAAACAACUUCAGCAGGCGGUCACGGGCAUCUCAAAUGCAGCUCAAGCAACUGCAUCAGAUGAUGCUGCCCAGCAGCAGGGUGGAGGUGGAGAGCUGGCCUAUGCUCUAAACAAUUUUGAUAAACAAAUUAUUGUGGAUCCAUCGACCUUCAGCGAAGAACGUUUUAGGCCUUCCCUGGAAGAGCGCCUGGAGAGCAUCAUUAGCGGAGCAGCCCUGAUGGCUGAUUCAUCCUGCACACGUGAUGACCGACGGGAACGUAUAGUUGCCGAGUGUAAUGCAGUGCGACAGGCCUUGCAGGAUCUACUUUCAGAAUACAUGGGGAAUGCUGGACGCAAAGAAAGAAGUGAUGCACUGAACUCUGCAAUUGAUAAAAUGACCAAAAAGACCAGAGACUUGCGUAGACAGCUCCGCAAGGCUGUUAUGGACCAUGUAUCAGACUCUUUUCUGGAAACAAAUGUUCCCCUUUUAGUAUUGAUUGAAGCUGCCAAGAAUGGCAACGAAAAAGAAGUUAAAGAAUAUGCCCAGGUUUUCCGUGAACAUGCCAACAAAUUGAUUGAG